AUGGUGCGCCAGGCGCCCUCCACCCGGACGCGGCGCAUCUUGAGCGUUGAUUACAUCUUCACCCGAGACUCACCCGCGUGUCCCUUCCUAGAUCUCAUUUCUGUGACCCGGACCCCUCCCCGGCUCCUACAGAACAGCUUUGACUCUAAGGACGGGUCGGGAUCUGCCCACUCGGGGCUCGCACCAGCCACAGCCACCUACUACCCCUACGAGCCAGCCCUGGGCCAAUACCCCUACGACAGGUACGGGACCAUGGACAGCGGCACUCGGCGCAAGAACGCCACACGGGAGACCACCAGCACGCUGAAGGCCUGGCUGCAGGAGCACCGCAAGAACCCCUACCCCACCAAGGGCGAGAAGAUCAUGCUGGCCAUCAUCACCAAGAUGACCCUCACGCAGGUCUCCACCUGGUUCGCCAACGCACGCCGGCGGCUCAAGAAGGAGAACAAGAUGACCUGGCCACCCAGGAACAAGUGUGCGGACGAGAAGCGGCCCUAUUCGGAAGGCGAGGAGCCUGGCGAGGAGGAGGCCCGGGAGGAGCCCAUCAAAAGCGCCAAGAGUGAAGUGCCAGAGCCGACGGGCAAAGAAGACAAGGAGCUGGAGCUCAGCGACCUGGACGAGCUCUCGGCACUGGAGGCCGAGCCCCAGGAGUGUGAGCUGAAGGCGCCCUUCUCGGCCUUGGACAGCAGCACCCUGGAGCCUGCCCCCGCCCGGCCCGAGGGCCCCACCCCUCUCCCGGGUGCCCCCGGCAAGGAGGCCUCCAGUGCCCUCCGGAUGCCCAUGGCUGCAGCAGGAGGGGGCACCGCCCUGGAAGAGGACCUGGAGAGGGCCCACAUCUGCCUCCGGAGCUCAGCGGCUGGGCCGGAGCCACAGCCAGGCACCGAGGGCGGCCCUCGGGCCUGCGAAGCCAAGCUGGGCUUUGCACCCGCUGGGGCAUCAGGGAGCCUGGAGACCAAGCCACGCAUAUGGUCACUGGCCCACACCGCCACUGCCGCUGCAGCCACCACCCUGAACCAGACUGAGUUUCCCUCCUGCAUGCUCAAACGCCAAGGUCCAGUGGCCCCCACAGGUGUAUCCUCAACACCAGCCACUUCCUCACCCGCAGUCCUGGCCCCCCCUGUGGCCCUGGACAGGCACCAGGACUCCCCAGUGACAAGCCUCAGAAACUGGGUGGACGGGGUCUUUCACGACCCCAUCCUCAGGCACAGCACUUUGAACCAGGCUUGGGCCACUGCCAAGGGUGCCCUCCUGGAUGCGGGGCCACUGGGACGCUCCCUGGGGGCAGGCACCAAUGUGCUGACGGCACCCCUGGCCCGAGCCUUCCCGCCCACUGCACCCCAGGACACCCCAGGUGCAGGCGCUGCAAGGGAUCUGCUCACCCUGCCCAAGGCAGGCGGCAAGCCCUUCUGCACCUGAGCCUGUGGUCCAGGGGGGAGGGCGGGGCUCUUUUCUACUGAGAUUCCAAAGGAAGGUGAGGCCGCCUCGGGCACAGAGGGAGGAGCUGCACCGGUCUCCCUUGACUUUGAGCGGAGCCCUGCCUGCCUCCCACCAGGUCCUAACUCAGCUCUGCCAGCCUUCCCGAACUCCUAACCUGCUGGAGUACUCAGAGCAGCGGGAGCCCCUACGCAUAAAGUUUACGUCCAAAGUUUACACGGGGAAGGCGUUUGGGCUCCAGGCUAGCAGUGUGGGCUGUCGAGCAUGGCCCCCAUCUGACUGCACCCCGCCCACAGCACUUACCGACAGCACCUCAUCUCCAGGGCUGCACACUCCUGACUGACAGUUCUGCUUUCUUAAGUGUUAAGUGCACACCAGUAAUUGCCUGCUUCAGAGAGAGGCUGAUGUAACAAAACCAAUAAAACCUUGUGGCGGUGUUUGCAUUGCAGAAAAGAACACGUUUGGAAC